UUCCAUUGACUCUCUUUAAAUAAAACACCAUUCAAGCAGAGAGAGUACAGGAAGUGUGACUCCAUACUCGAGCUGGAUGUCAUCAGACUUAAAUAAAACGUCUCCGACCUCUCCAGCGGUUGCGGGGAGCCUGCAGGCUGCAGGUUCCACGGCAGCCUAAAUGCCUAAUAGGCUGAGCAUGGCCGUUGCUCGGACCCGGUAGGCUGCUCCGCCAUAGCAACUCCCCCUGACCCCUCCCUCGCCGAGCCCCAGCCAGCAUCACCCUGCGCGCAGCUCAGACAUAUUUGGUCCUCCGGAAGUGUGCGCGGCUCGGAUGUCUAAAUGGGUGUGACCCAAAAUGGAUGGUCAGCUGGCUACAGUCCCGCCGAGAGGCAGCCCGGAGGGCCCACGUGGCAGCCCGGGCGCACAAUCGCACGAACUGCUGCGAUCGGAGCCAAAGACGGAGCCGCAGGGGACAGGUUCCGAGGCGAUCGGGGCAGGUAGCCUCUGGGUGCGCCCCGUCAACCAGGAUGCUCUGUCAAUCAACGUGAGAAAGCCAGCGGAGGACGGUUCUUGUGAGUCCGCCCCCCAGGAAUUGAGAGAGACUCAUGGGUCGAGGCAACCAAUCAGAAACCAAAUUGUGGUUUCCCCUCCGCGCCAAACGCCCAACGCCGACUCGGCCGCCGGACCCACCAAAGACUGGCCUUUCAGUAGUGCACAAAAACCAAACCAAAUAUCUACGGUCAAGACCGAGGACCAGCGAGUCGAGCUCACGGCAGGGACGCACGCUAGUGGCGAUGUUUUGCUCGCAGGGACCGUCCGCUCGGAUUUCUCAGAAAGCCUAAAAGAAUCGCAUACGGCCAGUGGCGUGGAGUUCGUGGGUCAGGGAGCGAAGAAAGAACCUUUCGAGAGACGAGUCGAAGACCGUCUGAAGGACUUUGCCCGGGCGGAGGAGCAAAGCGAGCCGCUGGACCUGAGUCUACCCAAGAAAAGAGAGAGCCGAGAGCCCAGGCACGCACGCUUUCUGGACCCGUGCGACGGCUUGCUGAUUAUGGAGGUGGACGAAUACGAGGGCGAGGGAGACCGGGAUGUGGUUGAGGAGGACGAAGUGGAACCGCUUUCCUUUUACCCGACAUCUGUCAUUACCCGGGACCUCCUUCUCAUCGACGACCAGGGCAUUCCGUACACGCUCAGUCCGGACGGACUCAGGGUGCCGCAAGUGGACGUCGGCGUCUCCGAGGGCCCGCUUGAGAACCAAGGGGCCUUGCGGGUGCCCGACGCAGCAGUUUCGGACCUCAGCCAAAGUUUGGCCGAUGCACUCGAUGCACCUUGCGGUGAUCCGAUGCCUUCGCGGGUUUCCGAGACGCCGCAAGUCUUGACUGGUUUGGAUAGGAAUCCCUCCGACGGCUGCGGACAAGCCAUCCCCAACCAGCCCAUCCAGAUUCUUAGCACGCCUUCCUCCGGGGCUCCCAUUCUGCUCCCCUCUGCUCCACUGAGUUUUUCUCUUCCUCUGUCCGCCGCCCCCGUCGCCGCCGAUGCUUCCGGCCCAAUGUUCCUCCUCCUCUCCUCCAGUGGUUCCACCUCCACCCCGAUCGCCAUCCUGAACCCCGCCACCGGUCAACUGUCCCAGCUUUCCCUUCCCCUGGCUUCCGGUAGCACCUUGUCGUGCCCCGUCACGGGAUUGGGCCUAAACAACAACCCCACUGUGAUCCUAUCGGGGGGAUCCGGCGGAAUCCUGGCCCCUAAUCUGGCCCCCGUUUCCUCUUCGCUCCUUCCUAGUCACGUCGCCUCGCCUGUUGGAACUGAAGCCAUACCGACCGAGCAGGUCUCCGAUGAGAGCGAUAAGCCAUCGUCUUUAAGAACAGCUGCUGCUACUUUGACGCCCGACCCCUCAGACACCCGAUCGAUAGACCCCGACCCCUUGGCGGACUCUGAACAUUUACCUCUGGACGACCACAUGUACUUUUCCAGUGCCGCCGUUCCUCCCUUGGCACCGAAACUGGAGCCCAUGGACCCCCUGGAUCCCCUGGACCCGCUGGACCCAGCGGACUCUCUUUCUCCCACGGAGUCCCCCAACGACCCUUCUGCCCGGCGGGUGCUCUACUGUCAACUCUGCCCACGGAUCUUCUUUUACCUCUCGGACCUAGAGCGCCACGCCAUCACGCACUCACAGAAGAAGCCUCACGUUUGCCAGCAGUGCGGCAAAGCCUUUAAGCGCUCCAGCCAUCUGCAGAGACACAAGCACAUCCACACGGGUCAGAGGAACUUCGUGUGUCCCAUCUGUGCCAAACGCUUCAGGGAGGCCGGCGAGCUCCAGCGCCACCAACGGGUUCACACGGGCGAGAAACCCUACCAGUGCCAACUUUGCCACACGCGCUUCGCCGAGCGCAACACGCUGCGACGCCACACCAAGCGCAAGCACCCCUUCCACCAAGUGGCCGUGGAAAUGCUCAGCGACCGCGGCGGCGGCGGCGGCGGCGGUCGUCAUGAAGAAGAGGAGGAGCCUGCUGAAUGGUACAGCUCCACCGUGUCUCAUCUCGAAAACUCUGAUUCCGAAACGGAGACUUAAAAAUGUCCCAGACGGACAAAGACGGGAGCACUUGCAAUAUUCCUAUUUAUGUUUUGAAAGCGACUUUAUUUUUAUGAAUGAAUGCUAUCCUCGUUGCAUUUAAAGACCCCGUAAAGUGAUUUCGGAGAUUUGUUUCGAAAUCCAUUAGGCUU